UCAAUUGUGUCAAAAACUGAGAACCGGCAUUCAUGUUAUGUUAUAUUGAACAAGAAAAUAUAAUCUAGAUAUAUGUAUUAAGAAGAAAUUAAUAAUUCCCUUUAGUUAUUGGAUGAGGUUAAUCUUCAUCUAUAUAUAAUUAAAUUAAAUCUUAAAUAAAAUGAAUAAAUUAGCCCAACUUUUUAUAGUUUUAAGUAUAUUAGCAGUCAGUAAUGCUAUAUUACAAGGUAUUAUAAAUGUCAAACACUUUCAAUCCCUGCUAGAGGAAGGAAUUAAAAGUAAAGAUAUCAGUACUUUGUAUCACUCUAUCAAGGGUCUGAAACAACUUAAUGUGAAACUUCCUAACCUCUGUGAGGACAUCAAAAAUUCCAAAUAUGACAUCAAGAACAUAGAACAUGUAUUCUAUCUGACGAAUGCUGCCGAACUCACCGGUUGUCAAAAUUUCCUAUUGCCCGAUGUCCUGGGUACUCCGGCAAAGGUGCUUAAUAACAAAGAUGUAACUAUACCAGAGAUUUAUUAUGCUGUGUAUUCCUUGAAAGCUAUCGGUAGAGGCUCCGUGUACGACAGAGAGGAUGGUUUGAAAAAUUUAAUCCAAAUGCUGAAAAAGGAUGACUCUCCGGCUAACUAUGGCUAUGUAUUUGGUUUGUGCGAGCACAUGGGAUGCCAGGCUUGGACGGUGAUGCAUGCAGAAAAUGCUCUGCUUGCCGCCGAUGAGACCGAUGGAAGAGCUUUACAUUUCGAAGGAGGAUUACCGGUUACAUCACUCGUACUAAGCACUAUCAUCAGAUCAUUUAAAUCUGUGAAGAAGCCCUCGCCUCUGACUCCAGACCAGAAACACAAGUUCGGGGCCUACUUGUUAUCUCGUCGCUCGGCGUCAGCACCACGCACUGUUGCUUCUCUCAUUGAAGCUGCAAAAAUUCUUGCCGACGAUCAGCCCACUCCCAUUUGCAUCGUGUUCAAAGACAAGAAAUACAUCACGUCAGAGACGGAUUCCAUUGAAUUUUCAGUCACAGAUUUAGUCGGUAGAGCCAUUCCAAACCUGAAGCCUGAUGAGGUGGUCGCCCAGUCGGGCACUAGGCUGGCCGAUGACGUCGUCGUCCUAUCGAAGCAGCCGCUGACACAGAAACCUAACGAGCCAUCGACCUUCGUUCUAAAUCUCAGCAAGAUUAAGUCUCAGUACGGUCUAUACAAGAUAUCUCUCAGUACGGGAAGCAAGUCGGCCAACUUCAACGUAGCAGUGCUCGGAGAGAUACAAGUGUCCAGUGUUGAGAUCGGAGUGGGGGAUGUAGAUGGCACCACCAGUCCUAAACUCACGACAGUCGCGUACCCCAACAAGAUGGCUGAAGUACUACAAGCUGAUCAUUUACAAAAAAUGAGCGUGAAGUUCUCAAUCCGCGACAAGUUCAACAAGCCGGCGCUGGUGCAGCAAGCCUUCCUGCACGUGGCCUCGCUGCAGGACGAGCGCGAGGCGAUCUAUGUAGCGGAGCCCGACCACGCCAAGAACUAUAAAGUGGAACUGAACGUGGGCGCCAUGGGCAAGCACCUGGACUACGUGUCAGGCUCUUACUCCGUGAGCGUGCUGGUCGGAGACAGCGCCGUGUCGGCGCCGCUGGCCUGGCGUCUGGCUGAUGUCAAACUCAGCUUCGGCCGGGAUGCUGUCGCCGAGUCGAAGUCUCCUCGAGGACGCGGUCCCCUGCCGGAGAUCUCGCACGUGUUCCGCGCGGCGGAGCCCCGGCCCCCCCGCGCCCUGUCCGACGUGUUCUCCCUGGCGUGCGCGGCGCCCCUGCUGCUGCUCCUCAUCCUGUGGGGCUCGCUCAGACUGAACUUCUCUCUCUUCCCCUUCACACCCAGCGCUCUCCUGUUCCACGUGGCGCUCGGUGCCUCUCUGUCCCUGUACGGUCUGCUGUGGGUGAAGCUGAGCAUGUUCGACACGCUGCGCUACCUCCUGCCGGCCGGCGGCCUCACCUUCCUGGCGGGGCAGCGCCUCCUGAGACGCCUGGCGCGGGACAAGGCGGCGCGUUAACAUAUAUAAUAGCUAUAUAAACAGUUGUCUAUAUUCCCUCGGCUGCCGCCGGUGGCCCAGUAACAUAUUCACUAUCACUUUGUUUUGUAUCAAUUGUCUGUUUUUUUAAGUUUGUAAAAUUGUUGGAAUUUUUAUGUUCACUGAAUCAAAGUAUAGUAAAGUCGCCGGUCAUAAUCCGUUUUUCAUAUUUAUUAUAUCAGAUACAGGUUUCUGUUAAAAUGCUUCUGUAAAAUACGUUUCGAGCACUUUAUUUAAAAAAUUAAUAACUAUUGUAAGUUUGUGAGGACACAAAGAUAGAAAUAAAAUAUAAUUACACGUAA